ACUGUCCCUCUGACUGGAGUGUCUUCGAGAACUCUUGCUACUUCAUCACUGCUGAGAAAACGAACUUUUUGAAUGGCUUGGAAAUGUGCAGGUCAUUUGACGCACGUCCUGUGAUAAUAGAUGACGAAAAUGAAAACAACUUUGUCAAGGAACUCAUUCGGUCAACGACGGACCAAAAUAACGAUACUGCUUUCUUAACUGGAUUCACAGAUUUACUCACUGAGGGUACCUGGGUAGAAUACGGUACCAAUAACCAAAUGACCUUCCACGAUUGGGGCAGCGGUGAACCAAACUUAGGAACGCUGGAAAAUUGUCUGGCAUUCUUUUUCCCGAUGGACUUGAAAUGGGUCGAUAUUCCUUGCGAUUGGAACCUGAGAAUGAUAUGCGAGAUAGAUGCAUAACCGAAUGUGCUACAAAUUUUAUGACAUUGUAUUUUAUAUCGUGUUUGAUUCAGUGUUUGUUUGUUUGUU